AACCAUGUGUCAAUAAUAUUUAUGAGGCUAAUUUGGUAACACUGGUCGUUCACUAUUUUGACAACCAAAUUUUGUCAAAGUUGCUAAUCAUCAUCGCGAGUUGAAGUCUUAUAAUUAGAUUUUUAUUAUUUUCCUACAAAAACAAUGUUCGGUCGUCAAGGACUUGGUGGUAGUUCAAAUGGCAGUGGAAAUUUGGUUGAGUUUCGUGCCGGAAAAAUGAAUAUGGUUGGUAAAAUGGUACAUCCGGACACAAGGAAAGGCCUUGUCUACAUGUCGCAAGGAGAUGAUGGCCUAAUGCAUUUCUGUUGGAAAGAUAGAACAACAGGCAAAGUUGAAGAUGACUUAAUUGUUUUCCCUGAUGAUUUCGAAUAUAAACGUGUUGAUGCUUGUAAGACAGGCCGUGUUUAUGUAUUAAAAUUUAAAACAUCUUCACGUCGCUUAUUUUUCUGGAUACAAGAACCUAAAACCGAUAAGGAUGAUGACAACUGCCGACGUGUUAAUGAAUUGCUCAAUAACCCUCCCGUAGCUCAACGUACCACUGCUGAUGGUGGCGAUUUGCAAUAUAUGUUAAACAACAUGUCUCAACAGCAAUUAAUGCAAUUGUUCGGUGGUGUUGGGCAGAUGGGAGGCCUAAGUUCUUUACUUGGUUCGAUGAACCGUUCAGAAGGUAAUUCCCGUUCAAGCACUACCCCUUCAUCCAAUCGUAAUUCCAGUUCAGUUAACUUGCUAACCCCUGAAUCUGGCAUCAAUGUAAGAACUCCAUCAGCACCAAAGGCAAAAGGUUCCAAAAGUACCACUAGCAGCACAUCAGGAGGCAAUUCAAAUAAUGCCGGUAAGAAAACCUCGAAUUUAUUCAGCAACACCGACUUUCAACCCUACUUAUCCAACCUUUCACCCGAAGCUGGAUCUGGCCGCUCACUGAAUAUCGAUCUUUCAACAGCACUUGCCGGCUCCGAAGCUAUUAAUCAAAUCAUUUCCGAUCCAGAACGGGCAAGCAUACUCUCGGUACACUUGCCUGAAUCAGAUGAAACCGAUGAAAGCAAAAAACAGCAAAUCAAAGACACUAUUGCCUCACCACAAUUUCAACAGGCCUUAUCACUUUUCUCCAACGCUUUGCAAUCGGCACAACUCGGGCCUGUUGUGUCGCAAUUUGAACUUACGCCUGAUGCAGUUGCAGCUGCUUACUCCGGCAAUUUAGAAGAAUUUGUUAAAGCUCUAGAAAAAGCAUUACCAGAAGGCGCUACCAUGAGUGCUGCAAAGACUGAAGAACCUAAGGAGGAAAAAGAUAGUAAAGCCGAUGACAAAAAAGACAACCAGUAAAAUGUACAUCGCAGAGAAAAAACAAAACAAAUUUUAUAUUCGUUUAAAUUUUUCCUCUCUAUUUGGCCUUAAACAUUUAUUUUAAAUUAAUUUCAACCUUACAAAGAGGUUUUAAAAAUUAACCCCAUGUAACUCGUUUCAGAAAAUAAAGUAAAGCAUUUACCAACGCAGUUACGUACGUAUUAUUUUCGUUUUGACGAAACAAAAUUGUAAGAAAGAAUAAUAUAUAUAUAUUUAAAGUAGAAGUGGUUCCGCCCUU